AUGCUCAUGAAACCUACCGCGGGCCGACCGCAGCGCGCAGCGACGUCGCGAUCGGCCGUCGUCCUCGGCCAUCAGUAUGCGCUCGAGGCCGAAGAGUAUGCUUCUUCCGGACAUCUCGACCGAGCCGAGCAGCUCGAGCAGUUGGCGAGCCAAUGCUACCUUCGCGCCCUUGAUGACAUUGGCGCUGACGAUGUCAAGACGCGCGCUGCGCUCAAGCUCAUUGCGGAGAACCACGAACAGCGCGCCGUGCGGUGGCAGAUGGCGCUCGCGCCAGACGCGGCGCCCCGCCCGUCGUUUCCACCGCCGUCGACGGCGACGACGACGUCUGCAGCGUCGUUUGUCCCAGCGCCCACCUCGGUCAAGAGCGAGACAUCAUCGAGCGCGCCGCCCAGCGCCACGUCCAUGCGCGAGGCAGCGUCCGAGAUGGAAGACCUCUUUGAGCGACUGAAGGCACUCGGCCUUCCUGGCUAUGCUACGCACGGCGGGCGCGGCCAACGUCCAAGCAGUACCUGA